AGAGAUAGAGAGAGAGACACACACACACACACACUCGUACACGCGGAGGAGAAGUCAGACGAGAGAUUGCAAGCAGCAGGAAGCACACUUGCCUGUGGACUCUUCUUAAAGGGAACCUCAGCUGCACUUUCGCUGACGUACGGCAAAAGACAAAGGGCUUUAAUCAGAGCGGAGGACGACGACAUGAAGGACUUGGCAGAACUUGGAGCGUCUCAGCAGAAAGGAGUUAAAGUAGCGCGGCCCAAAGUUUGGCUGAAGAGUGAAGCGGUUCGCGUGGGACUUGCUGAAUCCCUCUGCACAUAUGUCAUGAUGGUGUUUGGUCUGGGGUCCGUGGCGCAGGUAGAGACAGGACAAGGGGCCUUCGGAGAGUACCUCAGCAUAAACCUGGGCUUUGGCCUGGGCGUCGCUAUGGGGGUGCACGUCGGGGGGAAAGUCUCAGGGGCUCACAUGAACGCAGCCGUGUCCCUCGCCAUGUGCACAUACGGGCGUCUGGCGUGGAGGAUGCUGCCUGUCUACGUCUGUGCCCAGCUGAUGGGAUCCUUUCUGGCGGCAGGGACAAUUUAUGCCGUCUAUUACGAAGCCAUCCAUGAUUACUGUGGAGGAAACCUGACGGUGAGCGGGGAAAAGGCCACCGCCGGCAUCUUUGCCACCUACCCUGCACCGUAUCUCUCUCUGCUGGCUGGAUUCUUUGACCAGGUGGUGGGCACUGCAAUGCUUCUGCUGUGCCUGAUGGCUCUGUCCGACCAGAGGAACAAACCGGCCGCCGUGGGCAGCGAGCCGGUUGCAGUGGGUCUGCUGGUGCUGCUCAUUGGCAUUUCUCUGGGAAGCAACAGUGGCUACGCUAUCAACCCCACCAGAGACAUCGCACCCAGGGUCUUCACUGCCGUAGCUGGCUGGGGGGCGGACGUGUUCAGGUUUGGAAACGGGUGGUGGUGGGUGCCUCUCGUUGCGCCCCCCAUUGGAGGGGUGUUAGGCGCUGGGCUAUACAAGGCCUUUGUGGAAAUGCACCAUCAACCCAUCUCCGGACAGCUUGAGAGGGGGUUACAAGAGGAGAGCGCCCCUCUGGAGAAACAACAGCACACCUCUGUGAAUGUAUGUGUGUGACAACACCAACGAGGUGACACAAUGUAAAUGUGUAAAACUGACUUUCAAGACCUGUUUUCCCUUUAAAAAAAUAUUUUUUCUUUCUUUCAAUUUGUAAAUCACUUAAAACUAAAACUUCAGACCUGCCCAAAACUUUGAAGCAUUUAAUUAUCAGGAUUUUAACCUUUUAAAUGCCAGUUGUCAUAUUUAAAGUAUUGCUCAUUUUUUAUGCAAAAUAACUAAACAAAACCAAAGCUAACCCUCCAUAAACUAAAUAGCAAGAGGAUGGGGUUUUGGCGGUGGUUAGAGUCUUAGAAAGGAGAAAUAUGAAUUGAUAAGAUAAGAAAUAGAUAACAUAAGAAAUUGGUUUGAUUGCAUUAGUAUUUUUAUAUGGUGCCAGAUGCGCCCUCUGGAGACCCUCGUGGCCAAAAAUGCCCCAUAGGCUUCAAUGUAAAUUAUGUUUUUUAAUCUUCCUGCCACUACACAAUAUUCGACAUUUCUAUUGUAUUUCACCAGAUUAGGGUGAAACAAAAGCGUUAAAGAUCGCUAGCUCAUUAUUCAGUUAAGUUAAUUAUAGCAACUAAAACAAAAAACAACAAAAAGGCAAAAACAAAACUAGAGCCAUUUUACUGGCAUUUAUAUAUCAUUGUUUUAUUGAGGCAAUAGCAGUUCAUUCAAUUUUGUUAUUAUCCCAAAUCCUACAGGGGUCCAGAUACACAGCUUGACAUUAACAGUAAAUGUGCCUUUAAAAAAUAAACAGUCUACUGUCUAAAGACAGUAGAAAUUAGCCCAUUGCACAUUAAAAGUGCCACUAAACUAAGGUUUAGGCACUUUCCAACAAUCCAUUGCACAGAAGCCUAGAAUCAGAAGUAUAUAUUAUUAGAAUCACUGCUAAACACCACAAUUUACACUUAAGAGCUUGUCCGUAGAACCAAUAAUACAGAUUUAGUAAUUGUGUUACUUUGAUUGCUCAAAGCUGUUUAGCUUUACAUAUACUUACAUAUAACAUACAAUAUGUUAAUGACUGAAUGUUUAAUACAAAAGCUUUGAGGCACUGUUUGAAGACCAGUGCUGGUUUCCACUGCAGCAUGCAUCAUUUACAGUAUAGUGAAUCACUGGUUCUUAUUUUCUGUAUAAUCACCUGUAAAAUGAUUCCAGCUGUGAAAGUAUGUGAACUGCCUUUUUCUGUUGGCUUUACAAUCACAAUCAAACCUCUAAUGACUUUGGAUAUUAUUGCUGGAGUAUACAUUCACAUGAAAUGUUUACAGGCCAAAGUAAACCAAACAUAGUCAUAAUGAAAACAUUUACACACUGUAAAGGGUAGAGAAAGAUUGGUUAUAGAAGUGUUACAAUCUGUUACUGCGUCAGUAUUGUCUGUGCUAUGUCACCAACACAUUUCCGUUUUCUAAAUUGAUUGGUAGAAAUGAUUUUAACCAGGAGGUGUCACUAGUGAACACUGAGUUAAAUGAGGCUGUGAAUAAUGAAUCAGUUGCAGAUGUUACGCUGCAGCUUCAGCAAGCCUCAUUUACCUUCACUGAUGCUCAGCAGCAAAAGGUGAAUAAAACUGCAUCAUAAAUAAGGUGAGAAGCACUUUUCAUGUGCUACGUGAUCAUGCGUUUAAACAGGAAAACUAGAAACUAGAUGUGCAUCUAUUUAUUUUAAGAUAAUCAGAUUUAUCAAACUUUUAAACAACAUUGAGUGCACAGCAGUUGAGUCCAGCCAGUGACGAAACCGCUGAUGGUUCAGAUUCAUUCAGAUCAUGAAUGACUAAAAAGCUUUGUCAAAGGGAAACUUACCGCUUUGGCCCACUGUGUCUCCCUGCACUGCCUUGGCUCUUGGCAGUGUUCCCUAAGCUGGACUGUGUGGACUGCUUCUUCUUGGGGGCAGACACUUUGGCUUUGCCUUUGAAGGCCUUUAUAGGGUCUAGCUUGUUAAUAUAAGAAUCUCCUGCUGGAUCAGCUGGACUGAGUUCACAACUAAAGGUCAAGGGUUGGUACAGAGAUGCCCACUGCUGGAGAGAGAAAAAGAUAUAGAUAGUUUAAGAAAACGUAUAUAGUUAUGUGCCAAAAAAGCAGAGGGCCGAAAAAAAAAUGUAGCCACAUUCCUACCAGCUAUGAAAUUUACCAUGUCACCUUUGUACACAUUCAUUUACUGCACAAAUCCUGAAAUCUCUAAAUAGACUGUGAAUAUUCUAUUUUAGACAAUGAGCUUAAACAUGUCUAUGUGUUGUGUUAUGUGUAUAUAAUUAAGUAUUAUAGCAUAAUGUAAAGGGAACAGAAUAAAUGAAAUGCAUUGUCUACAAAUUACAUGACUUCAAAUUUUGUUAAUGUCACAAAAGCCUGUAACACAACUUCAGUAUGCUAUUAAAAAACACAUGGUUUCGAG